UUUUGUUUUUAUAAUUAAUGGCGCAAAUCAUCUUCUUCUAAGUUUUCUAUCUAUCCUCUACUCCUCCUUCACAACAGUUUUUCAGAGCAGAUAAGGGUACUACGCUGCAACUCUUCUUGGAGUUUCUCUUUCCUUGCAGAAUUUUCUUAGCUUCGAGCAAUGGCGAAUAUCGAUUUCGAGGGGAUCCUGAAGGACAUCCCAGACGAUGGCCGGGUCCCCAAGACAAAGAUCGUGUGCACUCUGGGUCCAGCAUCACGAUCUGUGCCUAUGGUUGAGAAGCUGCUGAGAGCGGGAAUGAAUGUUGCUAGGUUCAAUUUCUCGCACGGAACCCAUGAAUAUCAUCAGGAGACCUUGAACAAUCUCAGGGAAGCUAUGCAGAAUACUCAGAUCUUGUGUGCUGUCAUGCUUGACACUAAGGGACCUGAAAUCCGAACUGGCUUCCUAAAGGAUGGGAAACCUAUUCAACUCAAGGAGGGUCAAGAAAUUACUGUAAGUACUGACUACACUGUCAAGGGAGACACAGAGAUGAUCUCUAUGAGUUACAAGAAGCUUGCUGUGGACUUGAAGCCUGGCAACACCAUCCUCUGUGCAGAUGGGACUAUCACCCUUAGUGUCCUGUCUUGUGAUCCUGAAGCUGGAACUGUGAGAUGCCGCUGUGAAAACACUGCUAUGUUAGGCGAGAGAAAGAAUGUCAAUCUCCCUGGUGUUGUGGUGGAUCUUCCUACACUUACUGAGAAGGAUAAGGAAGACAUACUGGGAUGGGGUGUUCCCAACAACAUAGAUAUGAUUGCUCUAUCAUUUGUGCGCAAGGGAUCAGAUCUUGUCAAUGUCCGGGAGGUUCUUGGACCCCAUGCCAAGCGCAUAAAGUUAAUGUCAAAGGUUGAGAAUCAGGAGGGAGUUGUCAACUUUGAUGAGAUAUUGCGUGAAACAGAUUCAUUCAUGGUUGCUCGUGGUGAUCUUGGAAUGGAAAUCCCAGUUGAGAAGAUUUUCCUUGCUCAGAAGAUGAUGAUCUAUAAGUGCAACCUUGUAGGCAAGCCUGUUGUCACUGCGACCCAAAUGCUUGAAUCCAUGAUCAAGUCUCCCCGUCCUACCCGUGCUGAGGCCACUGAUGUUGCCAAUGCUGUCCUCGAUGGCACUGAUUGUGUCAUGCUUAGUGGUGAGAGUGCAGCUGGAGCCUACCCAGAGCUUGCUGUGAAGAUCAUGGCCCGUAUCUGCAUUGAGGCAGAGUCUUCCCUCGACUAUGCUGCGAUAUUCAAGCAAAUGAUUAGGUCAGCCCCUCUCCCAAUGAGCCCAUUGGAGAGUCUUGCCUCAUCAGCGGUCCGAGUAGCCAAUAAAGCCAGAGCCACCCUUAUUGUUGUGAUGACCCGUGGUGGGACUACUGCCCGGUUGAUAGCAAAAUAUAGGCCAGCAGUUCCAAUUCUCUCUGUGGUGGUCCCAGUUCUGACAACAGAUUCAUUUGACUGGACCUGCAGUGAUGAGGCCCCAGCAAGGCACAGCCUGGUCUACAGGGGUCUGAUCCCAUUACUGGGUGAAGGAUCUGCCAAGGCUACAGAUGCAGAGUCAACAGAGGUGAUUCUGGAAGCUGCUCUCAAGUCAGCAACACAGAAGGGGCUUUGCAAUCCGGGUGAUGCAGUUGUAGCACUUCAUCGUAUAGGGGGAGCAGCAGUCAUAAAGAUCUGCAUUGUUAAAGGAAGUGGAAAUUAAAGAUCAUGUUACCUAGUUGUGGGGGUUUUCUAUGUGCUUGGUUUGGGAAGAGUCCUCAAAAUCCCCUCAUGAAGUUAGGUCAAUGGAUGUAUUGCCAUGAUUGAUUGCAAAGGCCACAUGUGGCCUAAGCUUAAGUUAUUAAAAUUUACCUGCCACAUGUAGCCUAACUAAGACUCUGUUUGUAUAAGCUUUUGCUUUUAUGCUUUGGUUUACAAGAUCUAGUCAAAAAAGUGUUUUGAGCA